AUGGCAAAGAACAAGAAGAAGCUGACAAAUAAAGCUUCCGAGGAAUCGAAGUCAAAUGUCAAUAAAGAAAUCAUUAAUGAUAAAUCUCUUAAUGAUCAAGAUGACAAGUCAACAACAAUAUCAAGUUCAUCUGUGAAUGGAGAUACUACCACUAGCGAAGAAAUACGAGAAAAUAUAAGUGAAGCAGAAAAGCAUGAAGAGGAAAAUGAAGAACAAAAAGUGGAAGAAGAAGAAGAAGAAUUAGUGGAUGAAGUAGUUACUUCUAAAUCAAAUGGACAUCAUAAUGUCAAUGAAUUAAAUGAUUUGAAGGACAAACUUGAAGAAUCUGAAAAGGAAAGACAAGAAAUUAAAUCAGCAUAUGAUAACCUUCUCAGUAAAUUAAGCUCAAUGAAAUCUGUUUUUAGUAAGAUGAAAGAGGCACAAACUGAACUUGAAGUUGUUCGAGAAAAGUUGGAAUCUACCACGUCAUCCAAUGAAAAUCUUGAAGGUAAAGUAAAGGAACUUGAAGGAGAAAAUAAAAGUUUAAACAAUUCAGUCAGUGUAUUGAAAGAGGAAAGUACAACAUUGAAUGGUGAAUGUGACCGAUUAAGUCAACAAUUGACACAAUUACGUAGGGAGUUCCAGGCAAAAGAUGACACUUUACUGGAUGAAAAGUAUAAUUUAGAAAAUACUAAUGCUAGAUUAAACAAAAAGAUUGGAGAUAUGAAGAUUGAAAUUCAAGAGUUAUCAAUUGUAAAUGAUGAAAUACAAAUGGAAACCAAGAAUAAAAAUGUUAUUAUUGAAGAACUUGAAAAAAAGGUUAAUAACCAAGAAGCAAUAAUUUCAAAUUUAAAUAAUGAAUUAUCAAAGGCUAAAGAUUUAAUUGAAACUAAAGAUCAAGAAAUCAAUAGUGAAAAGAAUAAACAUGAGAAUGUUAUUAAAAAGUUUAAUGGAGAAAAGACAGAACUCUUAAAUGAAAUCACAAAUUUAAAUGUUUCAAUUUCUGACAAGGAAAAGGAGAUUGAAACAUAUAAAGAAGAGAUGAAAAAGGUAUCUAAUCUUGAAUCAGAAGUUCAUACUAAACUGUUAAUUAUUGGGAAAUUACGUCAUGAAGCGGUUAUUUUAAAUGAACAUUUGACUAAAUCUCUCACUAUGAUUAAACAACAACUGGGUUCACUGAAGGACAGUAUAGAUAAGGAGCUCAUAUCAAACGUUGUUGUCAGUUUCUUACAGUUUCAACGAGGGGACCCAAAGAAAUUCGAGGCUUUACAAUUAAUCAGUGCAUUACUAGAAUGGGAUGAAUCCAAAAAGGUGGCAGCUGGUCUUAGUCAUGGUCAGGCCAAUUCUAAUACUACACAACAAAAACAUAGAAGAUCAUCCCUGGGACCUGAAGGUGCUGAAAGACCUCUCCGAGAAAGUUUUAUUUCCCUUUGGACAGAUUACUUGGAAAAGGAGUCAUCACAAGGUUCUAAAUAG